AACUUUAUGAAUGAUAAUCUCUUUUUAAUCUUUUUAAAACUACAUGUACAACGAGCGUUUUGAUUUAUAUGUUAUGAUGUUCUAGUGUUGAUAUUAAUUUUUAAUUGCAAGAGGGAAAUGUUUCAUUCGUAUGGAAGUGGAUGUAUUAUUUAUUACUUUGUAAUUAUUGCUUUGGUUAAUGCCGCUACAACUUAUGUUGGAUUGACAGCACACAGAAAAAGAAAUGUUAUAACCUCUCCAAAUUAUCCACAACCAUAUGGAGAUUCGUAUUCGUUAGAAUGGAACAUCCUAGCCGACAGCAGUAUACAGAACGCCAUUGUCCAUAUCAAAGUUUUAGAUAGUGAAUUAUCAAACAUUUUUAACUGCUACGAAGAUAUCAUAGAAAUUGUGGAUGGUCCAUCAAGUCUGUAUUCUGUCAUCAGGUCUUUUUGCGGAAAUUCUGGACCGUCGGGUGUAGUAAAGACAUCAGGAGAUAGUGCCACUGUUACAUUUCAUUCCAGCAAAAAGGACAAUGAUUAUAAAGGAUUUAAAAUGGAAUACUGGGCCCAAUCAAAAGACAUGACGCCAUUUAGAGCAGUGAAUAUGACAUCCCUUCAUUGGAUACUACUGAUCAUAAGUAUGAUCAUUUUUACUUCUUUUAUUGGAGGAUGUAUAUUCCUGGUAGUCGUAGAAAUAGAUUACCGAGAAAGAGACGAAGAAGAGAAAAGCAAGUGGGUCACUAUUUAUGACAAUCCACCUGAUUACGUACCGUCUAUAGAAGGAGAAGAAAUACCGAUCAAAAUAGAAAAUGAAUCCCUGACGAAAAGGAAAGCUAAAAAAGGAAAGCUUGAAAAAACAAAACCUAAGGCACAACCAGACUUAAAAACUGAUGAUAAAAAACUACCACCUCUUAGAAUUAUACGACCAACAAUGAACAUAAAACAAUGGAAGACGUUACUUACGAGAGAGGAUAACAGCACGUAAAACUCAAAGAUACCACGAACAAGUCUUCAAUAAUUUUGAUACAAACACUGGCAUUAUUUAUGCAAAGUUGUCAUUUCAGGUUGUAUCUCAACACUUAAAAUUCAAAGACGUCACGAAAAUGUGUUCAUUGAAUCAAUCAUUGUUCGAC